AACAGACGGGAUGCGCGCGCUCUGAAGACGGCUGCGUGAUGAUGAGUGGUAUAUAUAUUUUUCUUUCUUUCUUUCUUUCCAGGAACCCUGGUGAGAACCCUGUGUCGAGUUGAGAGCCUGGACUCUCACGCUCUGUCUUGGGCGUGAACCUACACACACACACACACAUAUACACACACACGUCGGCGGCGGCACGUUAGAGGGUGUCGAGACAAGAGUGACUCGGGCAACGCACGCGCCCGUCGGUCCGUUUAAGCGCGCGCCACUCGUAUCAGGAGCGCCCCUCCCUUUUCUCUCCCCGGCGACGCCGUGCUCGAGCGUCAACAAACACAUUCAAAUAUGUGAAUAAGCAGCGGGCCUUGUCUCUCAUCAGGAUACGACCGUGCUUCCCUUAAGGACCUCUUUUUUUCCUUUGGUACAUCAUUCUCUUAAAUAUGUCAGCGGAAUGCACGCGGCGACCGAUUGCUGUUUUAUCGCAGGCCUGAGUGGAGAAUGAGAGUGCCGUGGCUCGGCGUGACCACUUGCGCCACUAUGGGCCUGGCAUGAUUGGUCCGGCUAGCUGGCAGCGGCGGGAUUAUGCUGACGUGCGUCCAGCAUGACUCCGCUGGACCUGUGGCUCUCGCGCUCCAUCCCCAUGUGCCUCCUGCUGCAGAGCCUGGUGCUCAUGGCCCUCUGCUUCCCAUCGGCCAGCAUGUGCCCCAAAGGGUGUGUGUGUCAGCGGGCCGAGUACCCGCCCUAUGGCCUCAACGUAACCUGCAGCCUGGCGGAGCUCAAGGAGAUCCCAUCGGACCUACCUGCAGAUACGGUGCUCCUCCAACUGGAUCGCAACCAAAUCCAUGCUGUGCCUGAGCGCGCCUUCCAGGACCUGAGGAUGUUACGCAGGCUGAACCUGUCCCAUAAUUCAGUGGAGACGUUAGGCGAGAGUGCUUUUGUUGGCCUGGAGACCUCGCUGGAGCUUCUCGACUUGUCACACAAUCGCAUUGUGAGCGUGCACAAGGAUGCAUUCGCACGGCUGAAGGCGCGCGUACUGGUGCACGACAACCCAUGGCACUGCGACUGUGCGUUGCAGCAAGCUCUCGGUGGCAUGGCGCACAAUCAUGAAGCGGCUGCGCGCGUCCUGUGUCGCAGCUCUGAGCUGAGGGACCAGGAGGGACGUCCGUUCCUGGCAGUGGACGCUGAUUUGUGCAACCUGGCCAGGCGCACCACCGACUACGCCAUGCUGGUGACCAUGUUCGGCUGGUUCGCCAUGGUCAUCUCCUAUGUCGUCUACUACGUCAGGCAGAACCAGGAGGAUGCACGGCGCCACCUGGAGUACCUCAAGUCUCUACCGAGCAAACCCAGGAAGCCAGACGAACCAGAGGACAUCAGCACCGUGAUGUGAUGUCAUUGUUUACGCCAAUAAGGCCUUGACUAAGCGGGUGGAGAAAAAAAUAGGGGCGAAAAUUCUGAUUUCGGAGAGCAAUUCAAUCUUAUUCAAGCUAAGACACCAACCAUAGAUGUAGUCUAAUACUUAACAUGUGUCUUCUCUUUUUCCAGUUGUGCAUUACUGUUAUAAAGUAUUUAGGUCAGAUUUGUAAUACUUUUCCUAACUCUUCCUGUGUCCACAAGAGAUUUUAACUUUAAAGGUGGCAUUAGUAUAAUAAUCGCUAGCUCUUUAAAAAGGAGAUGGUGUAAAUGUCCUGCUUCAGACAUUGGAACGAGUGGUUUUAUGUUCCAGCUGGUAAAAUGCAAUCAAAAGUACAUAUAAUACUCUACCCAUAUCUAUAAACAGUUGUUAAACACCUUUAUGACCAGUACAGGUAUUUUGGUAUUCCGAUCUCAGGUUUAAAUGUCGAGAUGACUUUUAAAACCCCAAAAGUGUUUUGUUUUGAAUUUUAAUAGGAAACUUAUUUACGUGGCCUCUUCUAACAGAUGGGUAUAGAUGAUAUUGUUCAGGAUGUGGUGUUUAAAAACGCAUGAAAAAAAAAACAUUUGAUUCCCUUUAAACUCCAUAGACUUUAUUAGCUAAUUGAUAAUCAAAGAAGAAAGGGCACAGUGCUUCGGAAACUGAAAUUUGGACGUUUCUUCCAACCUUCUGAAAAAGGUCAUGUUUACGUAAUCUCCAUUACCUCACUGUUGUUAAUCUGUGCUUGUUGAGCAGUGUAAUCCUAGAGUGUCAAUGUUGAUUUCUUUGUGCUCCAGAGAGCCUUAGCGGUGACACAGAGUCAAUAUUUUUUGUCUUGGGUCUUCACAGGCUGGCAGCCAGGCUCAUUAUUGGUGUCUGUAAUAUCCCUCAUGUAUACAACAGCCAUCAUCAACUUCAUAUUAGCCAUCAAUAUUAUGAACAAAGCGGCUGGAAUGAGUAAUGGGUUUUUCCGUGAAAUGAAAUGCAAAAAUGAAACCUCCGGCUCACACACCGAUUUCCAUAUUGCUUCCCCGUUCCGGAGGUGAGACCUGCAUAGUAAUUAUGGGAUGUCAUAAGAAGAACGAUGAGGGCAAUGUGGUCAGUCUGUCUAACAUCAUCAUGUGCAUACAGUAAUGUGAACAGCUAAUUGCAGCUGUCAGUCUCCUGAUGGGCCAUACUCACUGCCACCUCAAUGGUCCAGCAAACCAGGAAGCAACAAAUGACACAGAGAUAAUAGGUAUAGAAAGAAGGUGGUAAGGAUGAAUAAUAAAAAAAAAAAAGAAAAACUCGAUAAUUCAGUUUCCUCCUCUCUACACCCUCAGAAAAUAAGCGUAUCCUAUUCUUGUCGCUUUGGUGCUACUUUCCAAGGUACAUCUUUUGUUCAUUUGGUCUACAUUCACACUACCUGGCUGAAGUAACACAAAUCCAAUUAUCUGCUUUUUAUCUGACGCCGAUUUGAUUGACACUAAAAUUUGAUGUUUUCAAAUCAGACCUUUGUGAAUGAGAACUGUCAGAUUGUUGGCUUUUCCGUGAUGCACACUAAAUGUGAUUAAUUAAAGCAGCAAGAAAUGUGUGACAUUUAAGGAUAUUUCGGGAAAUGAAUUGACUGCCGAACCCAAGUAGCUUUUGAAACAAUUGCCUAAGAAAUGGCAAAACAUGGCCCGGGAAAAAAAAAACGAAUGUGGCUACAAUGCCAAAGAAUCACACUCCCGUAUAAAUACUCUGUGAAUCCCUCCACAGCGCGGUCCCAACAUUGCUGGCUCCUGUCCCGUACCCACACAUCUCUCGGCACAGCAGUGUCAGUAAUAGCUGCAAAAACAGCAAAAGCUAGCCAUCUGGCUUUUUUUUGCCUUCUCGACCCGAUCAUGUGCAGCUGCCGAGCUGUUUCCUGACCCCCAGACAAACUGACACAGGUUUGGGCUACUAGCAUAUUCAUUUGUUGCUUCUACUAUGAUGGAAUGCGUCACAAAUAUUACUUUGUUCUUUGUGACACAAAAUAUGUGAUAUGUUGUGUGUUUAAAGACCGUUGCACAAUCACGGAUGUGAACCAAGAGAAAAAAAUCUUGUAAAGUGAAUGCAACCUUAGCAGGUAACUUUUACCUAGAAUAUUGCAUGUAGUGUACCAUCUUAGCUUUAUUCUUAAAAAAAACUAAUUACAAUCAAUUUAUGUAGCUUAAAUCAAUUAAAGGUAUAUUAUAUCCACAUGACCAGGUAAAAGGUACAUAUUGAAAGUACAAAAGAUGUACCCUCGACGGUUCCACCCCACUAACAAAGAAAAGUACUAUCUUUCCGAGAGGGUUUUAGCUACGAGGUGCUUUAAGCAUAAUCCUUUCAAUACAAGUCCUAACUGAUUGUGUUUACAGUUCUAUACUGUGUUUUUCGAGUUAACGCUGGUGUAAAGAGGACGGAAGUAGAUGGAGAUCCCUUUAAAGCAUUGUUGUUGAAUGUCUGUUGCCUUGUCUUGCAGAAGAAGUUCCACAUACAUACACACACACACACACCGUGUAGUGCUUAAGAGUGACAGGAGCUACCGUUCAAUGCAUAAUCCACAAUGAAACACGGUGUAGCCAAGGACUCGGGAGAUUUUUAUAAGUGCCUGAAAUAACUCGUCUUUCAAUAUCCCGUUUAACCGUCAGCCAUACAUUCUGUCAUUCCUGAUUUACGCUCAGCUGAUUCAUGCAUGCCUGGCCUUAGGGACAUUUUCUUCUUUCCAAAUGUUUUCUACACAGACACUACAAGAGAGAAAGGCUGAAGGAAAAAUCGUAGAGUGGCAUGUGGAGUUAAUGGCUUCGGCUUCGUUUCUGUCAGGAGACAGUAGAAGAAAGAACGGAUCACGGUGUGAUUUUUUUAAAUUUAUUUAUUUUCCAUUCCUGUUUUACACUUUUAAUUUUCCCAGUAUAAUUUUUCUACCUGGUAAACAUCAACCUGUCUUCUGUUUUAAAGUAGUAAUCUGAUUUUGAAGACCUGAACACUGAAUACUACUGAUGGUACAUCACAUUAGAAGUGCAUGUAGAGGAGAAAAUGAAAUAAUAAAAAAAGACUCUGGCUUGGGGGAAAAUGGUCUCCAUUCAUCUUGUACUGUGUUCAUGAGGUAUUCGUAAAUGCAAAAAAAAAAAAAAACCCUCUUCACGAAAUGCAUAAUUUCAGAAUGACACCGAUCUUGUUAAUGACCUGUUAUUUUACAUUAUUGUGAAUUAUUUAGUGCACUUGUGUUGCCAGAGAGCCUCUGGAUGACCCUACAAAUACCAUUCUAGCAGAUUGUGUUUAUAAAGCCACAUGGCACACAUACACUGUGUAAUGGUCAUUCUCAUAUGACAGAGUGUUUUUAUUUUUAUGAACCAAUCUCGUCAGGAAAACGUGUCGAAAUUUGCAUUUGGCAGUAAUAGUGGUCCUCAAAUGCAUAAUAAAAGAUCAUGAAUAAACCAUGGAGUGAAUGCUGAUGAGGGGGCAGUCAGGACCGAAUUGUGUUUGAAGUGAUACGAGAGCCGAAUUGUCAAUGGUUUCGCUAAAAGCAUCAAUACGGGACUACAUGAAUGCUGCUGUCUCACUGAUGUUGAUGGCUCACCAUUUGAAGCUCGGUUGCAUAUUAAUAGCGUCUCAGCUAGCUCUGAAUAAUAAAUUUCCCUAAAAUUACACUUCGGAUAGGAUCUAUUUUUAGCACGCAGGACCAUGUCAUACAUCAUGGUUAUUGUCCAAGAAGAACAAAUUACAGUCUACAGACAUGCCGUCUAACAUAUUUCUGGCCUACCAACAGGAGAGAGCAUUUACAAAAGAAAUUACAGCAGGAACCAGAAAUUAAGUUCUAAAAUAAACUGUCAGAAGUUAACUUGUGCAGUCUGCGCAAGUCGUGUUUAAAUAUGGAAAACCUUUAUGCUCCAUAGUUACUUAUGUGCAUAUGCUUAUGCAAUUACAGCCUCUUUACAUAAAGACUGAAUGAAAGAGCUUGAUAAAGGCCCACGAUUCAGCACUUUGCUUGUUAUCUCUGCCUUGAUGGCUGUUUAUGCUUCAGAUUUAUGGCAGUAAUUAAGAGCCGUUCUCCUGGAAAGUGUUCUCGGGGGUUUUUUGUACAUUUUUGCAAAUGAAAUGAGACAUCAAACAGCUCCUCGUUUUGGAGGAUGCCUUGAAAUUUGAAUCGUUCCCAAAGAAAAAUGACACAGGCCUUCAAAGAAGUGUUACAUAAGGCAUAAAACAUGACGGGGUGUGCUGUUCUAGGAAAAUAAUCAAAGGCCUGUAAAGAAGAGGAGUUAAUGGUAACAGCCUAAAAUUGAGCCAAAGUGAAUUAUUGCACACCAAUUUGCCAUUUGUUUUAUUUAUUAAAGUACAGAUAUAUAUAUUUUUAUAUGAUUCUAGCUGGGCAGUUGUUGCCUCACAGCAAGAAGGUCCUGGGUUCAAGUCCCGGGUUCCAACAGGCAGGGGCCUUUCUGUGUGGAGUUUGCAUGUUGUUUACUCAGUCCAAAAGCAUGUACAUCAGGUUUGAUUGAUAAUUCUAAAUUGCCCGUGAGUGUAUGUGGUUGUCUGUCUAUAUGUGGCCCUGUGAUGGACUGGUGACCUGUCCAGGGUGUACCCCUGGUGUGCUGGGAUAGGCUCCAGCAGAUCCCCGUGACCCUAAUUAGGAAUAAAUGGGUACUGUAUAGAAUAUUGGAUGGAUGGGUGAUUUGAGCUACUUUUACUGUUAUGGAUUAUCCAUGAUACAAGUUGUUACAUCAUAGUAGUUUUUAAAAAGUAUUUUCCUCAGCAACCACACCUUUCUUUUUUCUCUCUAUUCAUGUUACUAAAAUAAAAAAAUACAGCUUGCCGUAAUUGCAAUGAAAGCACAAUGUCCUCAGUCAUAAAGAUUGUUGGAAAACUUUUUUGGAAAAUUUAAAAGAAAGAAAAAAAUGACAGCUCUGUUAUAAAGUGCUGACACUGAUGACUCCUUCCAAAAAUGCUUUUCCCCUUAUACCAUAUCAACAAUUACAUAUAUUAAUUUGUUAUUACUAUAGAAACCGUAACAUAUUGGAACAAACUUAUUAAUAGAUUUGCAGCAACAGUGCUUGUCAGAUUUUAGACUUCUACAAUGUAAUAAGUUAUAAACCAGACUGAUGCAAAUGCCUUCAAUCGGUGGCAAUGGAUGGACCUCUUUCAACAGAUUGCACAAGGUCUUCAAAUAUAACAAAUCACGAUGGUCUGACCUUGCUUCUGCAUUCAUGAUGCUUACAGAGAGUAAGUCCAGUCCAGUCCAUCUUUGUUAUCUUACCCCUGCAAUGGAAAAUUGUGUUCUCACAUGCAUUAAAAAAACCUGCUUAUUUAAAGGUUCUUUGAAUAUUUAAGGUGAAGACAUACCUUUUAUUUCUUCAUCCUUCUUUUUUAACUUUUUUUGUAACCAGUAAUAAGCUCUUCCCUUUCAAACCAUGCGACUUGAGAGAGUUUUUAUUGUUAUUUUCACCUCUGGACUUUUGUUUUCAAGUCUCCGAGUGACCAGUGCGCAGCAACACGGUGCCGGCUUCGUUUAUACCAGAGAUAUGCUUGCCGCACUGCUACCGGCCCGCAUAGUUGACCCUACUUUAUAUUGGUUUAAGGAAUUUCCCCCUGGGAUUAAUAAAGUUCUUUGAAUCUUGAAUCUUGAAUACCUAGGACUUCUUUUGAUAAGGAAGCCCUCAGUUUUAGGGUUCUGCCCAAAAGAAAUGAUGGGUUCCUCCAGAAGGACAAUAACUCAACCUUUUUUCCACCAGGAUCAGUUCUUCCUUCUGUUUACCUGCUCAAUUUAAGUAUUAUUCAUGGUUUUUUAGUUAUAUUGUUUAGAAUGACCUUGUCAUUCAAAUCAAAAUAACAAAAUAUGAAAUAUCAUGAAGGCUUAAAUAUUUUUACAUUCCCUGCACACUCCCUAUUGAAAUCUAACCUUGCCAGAAAAAAAAAAGUUUUGUCUAGCAUCCCCCAGAAGGUUCUGUGUUUUCACGAGACAUGUUUUAUGUAUAAACCUAGAACAGAGGUUUACCCUUUUUAAAAUAUUUGAAGACGAACUUGUUUUGAAAUGGGAAAGAGUUUUUAAGCUUCUUUAUCAGCAGACAAAGAAAUCUUGAUUUUGAUCUAGAAGCCUCGGGUGACAAUGGCUAAGAAAGAUUCUGUGUAUAAGGAAGAAACCCUGAGAGGAACCAGAAACAAAAGGGAACUCGUCCUCUUCUGGGCGACAUUGGAUAUAGUGUAGAAAGAAAAAAAAAGUUUUGGGGAUUGGAUAUGAAAUGAAAGCACUUUUGUUAUAGCAUUCAACACAAAAUCUUAAAGGCUGGAAACAUCAAAUGGAAACCUGUUAGUGGGUUUUCUUCCCAAUCCAACCUCCUGAAGGACAAAUGAAAGAAAUCUUUAAUAUUUAUUAAGAAUUUAAGAGUGUAUUAAUAAGAAUUUUUAUUAAUUGUUCUAGUUUUAUGAAUAAAUGUAAUUACACUAUACAGUUAUAGUCAAAUCUAUCUAUCUAUCUAUCUA